GCCAUUGGUGGUUCGGAAGUCACCUUUAAGCCGUUGGUUCCCAGGUACGGACUGGCCAGAGAGUGACUCCAGUCUAGACUUUAGCUCGAAUGAGCUCACCAGGACCAUGUCUAGCUACAGCCCCAGUGAUACCUUCUAUAACAGUGCAAUGUAUCAGAAUACUUCCUCUUCUUACCCUGGGGAGCUGAACCAAUCAUCCUCCAGUAACCAGCUACCACACUUAAUACACUACUACCCACAGAGUCAUUGGCCUCCCACAAACUUUCAUGAAAAUGAUGCUACGAUGACAUCUACAGCUUUGGAUGAUAUGAACGUACAAAUAACUGACCUGACGUACCAUCAGCCAUUGAGAACUGUUAAUUGCCUCAAUAGAGUCCAGACCAAAACGUCCAUGGGAAACAUACAACACUACCCUCCUCCGUUAGAUCAGCUAAUUCUUAAUCAGUUACCUAGUAUACACGUGGGUGUGGCUGAAGAUAAGAAGCCUCCAGCAGUGAAAUAUGAUCAACAGUUUCACAAUCCUGCUAAGAGCUUGGAUUCACCUCAGAUUCAAAAUGGAUAUGCACAAGAAUCAACUGUCAACAAUGAUGGCACUGCUCAUUAUUUUAACUUAGCAACUUCCAGUAACCAAACAUCACAGUUACUAACCUACCGACAACAGGGUUAUUGGCCUUCCACAAACCUACAUGCAAACAAUACCAUGAUGACAUCUACGGAUUUGGAGGAUUUGAAUAUUCAAAUAAAAGACCAAACGCACCACCGUCCUCUGGCCACAAUAUCAGUUACAAGUCCUGCAGUGCAAGAUGAUCAACAGUUUGAAAAUCCUGCUGAGAGCUUGGAUCCACGUCAGAUCCGAGAUGGCUAUGCACAAGAAUCUACUGUCAACAAUGAUGGCACAACCCAUUAUGUCAACUUUGCAUCGUCCAGUAACCAAGCAUCACAGUUAAUAACCUACCUAGAACAGGGUUAUUGGCCUUCCACAAACCUUCAUGGACAUGAUGCCCGGAUGAUAUCUACAAUAUUGGAAGAUAAUAUGAAUAUGCAAUUAACAGAGGCGAUGCUCAAUCAGCCAUUGGAUAGCCUCAAUAGAGUCCAGACAGGAACGGCAAUGGGAAACAACCAAACCGGCCCUCUUUUGGAUAAUUUUAUGGCUACAAAUUCAGAGGCAUCUACUGAAGAAUCACAAUUAGUAAAUGAUUUUGAUGAAGCAAUUCCAAUUGCUUUUGAUGCAGCAUUUGAAGCAGCUAAUAUAAUCUUCGAACCGUUGGAAUACAACUCUGCGUAUGUCUCAGAAGGAACCAACUUUGAGGGGCAAAUUCUUAAUAAUAAUGAGCCGCCAGAACAGUACUCAACAAUAUUACCCCGAGAACCUGCUAUUCAUGAUGAACAACCAACACGACAAGAUAUGCAACCUCUCAGCACAAAUGUUGGAAAACCCAACAGGAACACGAAUACACUUCAAGCAUCCGUGAACAACAGAGUGGUAUUGCCGCCAGUCCCUACUAUUAAUGAAGAGGUUCCAACACCUCCCAAGAGAAAACGUGGAAGACCUCGCAAGAAUGAAAAUACACCUCAAAACUCCACUAUUGAAACCCUCACCAUUACACCCCCAAUUCAAACAAGCCAGAAUGACGUCACAAAGGAUAGGAAGGCAAAACUGAAACUGUUGUCUCCGGAUUUCUCUUUCAACGAACAGUCAUCCCCAGGUUGUUCAGGUAACUCGAUUUGUGCCAAGAGUGACACAAAGGUACCAGAGGACAAAGAGAAUGCAGAGUAUGUGCCUGAGGACGACCUGACUGAGGAGGAGUUAUCUGAAGAGGAGCUGUCUGAGAAGGUGACAUCGCUGGAAAACACAGAAGAAGAGAGACGAAAGAAAAACAACUUAGCGUCAAAAGAUUCUAGGAAGAAGCUGAAAGAGAAACUGGCUCAGCAGAAGCAACUGAAAGAAAGACUGUCCAAAGACAACAUGAAACUGAAAGAAGUGAAUAAGAGGCUAGAAGAGGCCUUGGAAAUCCUACAAAAAUCACAAAACUUGAGAAACUGUAAGGAGGGAUUUUAACACUCAAGGCCCUAAUGAUGAUGUUAUUGUUGUUAUUUUCUCUAGCUGCAUCAUGCCAUCUCCAUUUGCAGCAUCGCGUUGUAGUCGUGUACUAAGUACGGUGAAUCGAAUUAUCUCUGGUUGGAAGUCGAAAUCAGCAUUAUACCUAGAGAUAGGCAUAGUUACUGAGUCUUUUAGAGUGAAAAGAAAUGAACUAUCAAAUUUUGUCACUAAAUUUUAAGGUUCUUUAUUUACAUACCUCAUUAAAUAUUAAAAUCAUAGAUUUUCAAAUAAUAAAGUACAAAAAAAUAAAACAUAGUAUGUUACAAAGACAUUUUUAUCAACAUAGACAUACAGUAUAUGAUUAUAUAUUUUUUCAUUUCAAACUCAAUUAAGAAAUUUUACUUGAAGUGGAAUUCCCAUAUAGUAGCUUUUUCCAGUUGCAGAUUGAACAAAUGCCAGUCAUCGCACAGAAGUAACAAGUAAAGAACCGAGAAAUGCCAAAGAACUUAAGCCAAUCUACAAAAAUGCUUUGCAAACAAGUGGAACACUUGAUCAACAUUCCAGAACAAAGUUCAUGAGUUACAGUUGAAAUUGGUUGUAUUUUUCAAGCAUUUAGAGUUGCAAUUCCUAAAAAUCUGAGGGAAUGAUAACGUAUGAAGCCUAUAUUGGUAUUGUUAAGAUGAAGGACUUGGCAUGACAGUAUUGCUGGUGGAGGGGAUUGAUACUGAAAUGAUGGUAAGAUCUUGUAAAGGUUGUUUAGUUAAAAAUGCACCGACCAAUGCAACUGUUCAUCCAUCGAUCAUUCCUAACACACCUUGGAAUAGAAUUCAUGUUGAUUUUGCUGGACCAAAACAACAUGAAAAUGAACAUGUUUUGUUUUGUUUUUAUGUAUAUACUAAGUGGAUUUAAGUGAUUCCUUGUAAGGCAUAACACCACAAAAGACAAUCAGUGUGUUAAUUAAUGUUCAGACUAUCCUUACAGUAAUAACUGAUAAUGAUGGCACACUGUUUACUUCUGAAGAGAUAUGUACAGAGUCUGAAGAAGAGUUUGAAAGCCAUGAUUGAGGUACCAGGUGUUGUGCACUUAAAAUUAAGCACAAUACUUAUGCAAUAUAGGAAGUUUCAGAAUGGUACUGUACAGAAAAGUCCGGCCUAGUUAAUGCUCAAAGGUAUACUACGUACAAGACUGAGCCACUGUUCUAACUGAACAAAGAGAGUGUCAGUCUGAGAAUUAUAUUAUAUUUCAGAAGCCGAUAAAGGAGUGUAAAGUUGGUGAAUCAGUUCAAGUUCUGUCUUUACACAUGGGAAAUAAUUUAUGUAACAAUUAUUGAGAGAGGUGGGUCGUUUCAUUACUGGAUUGAAGUGGAAGGGCAAAUGUUGUUGAGAAGACUGUCAUAUGAUUUUCUAAUACUCAUACCGUAUGUCUGUAUUCUUAGAAUGAUUGUGUUGACCUUUACAUGUUUAACUUUUGUUUCACUUUAAUAAAAGGGAAUUAUUUGUUCA